AUGGAUGAGGAAAACAUGACGAAAAGCGAGGAGCAGCAGCCUCUGAGUUUGCAAAAAGCCUUACAGCAGUGCGAACUGGUCCAAAACAUGAUAGACUUGAGCAUCUCCAACCUGGAAGGUCUUAGGACCAAAUGUGCUACCUCCAACGACCUCACACAAAAAGAAAUCCGGACCCUGGAGAGCAAGCUGGUGAAGUACUUCAGCCGGCAGCUGUCCUGCAAAAAGAAGGUGGCCUUGCAGGAGCGCAACGCGGAGCUGGAUGGCUUCCCCCAGCUACGGCACUGGUUCCGGAUCGUCGAUGUGCGCAAGGAAGUCCUGGAGGAAAUCUCCCCGGGCCAGCUGAGCCUGGAGGACCUCUUGGAGAUGACGGAUGAACAGGUGUGCGAGACUGUGGAGAAAUACGGAGCCAACCGGGAGGAGUGUGCCCGCCUCAAUGCCUCCCUCUCCUGCCUCAGGAAUGUCCACAUGUCAGGAGGCAACCUUUCCAAACAAGACUGGACCAUCCAGUGGCCCACGACAGAGACGGGGAAGGAGAACAAUCCCGUGUGCCCCCCGGAGCCCACCCCGUGGAUCCGCACCCAUCUCUCCCAGAGCCCCAGGGUCCAGUCCAAGUGCGUCCAGCACUAUUGUCACACCAGCCCCACUCCCGGGGCCCCUGUGUACACUCACGUGGACAGGCUUACCGUGGACCCCUACCCGGGCUUGUGCCCGCCCCCGCCCCUGGAGUCGGGCCACCGUUCCCUGCCCCCAUCGCCCCGGCAGCGGCACGCGGUCCGCACCCCACCGCGCACCCCCAACAUCGUCACCACCGUGACCCCGCCAGGCACGCCGCCCAUGAGGAAGAAGAACAAGCUGAAGCCCCCGGGGACCCCACCACCCUCCUCCCGAAAGCUGAUACACUUGAUCCCGGGGUUCACCGCGCUGCAUCGGAGCAAAUCCCACGAGUUCCAGCUGGGGCACCGCGUGGACGAGGCCCACACGCCCAAAGCCAAGAAGAAGAGCAAACCCUUGAAUCUCAAGAUCCACAGCAGUGUAGGCAGCUGCGAGAACAUCCCCUCUCAGCAGCGCUCCCCACUGCUGUCCGAGCGCUCCCUCCGCUCCUUCUUUGUGGGACACGCACCUUUCCUGCCUUCCACCCCUCCUGUGCACACCGAGGCCAACUUCUCUGCAAACACACUGUCUGUGCCACGUUGGUCCCCGCAGAUCCCUCGCAGAGAUCUCGGCAACUCCAUCAAGCACAGGUUUUCCACCAAGUACUGGAUGUCUCAGACAUGCACAGUCUGUGGGAAAGGGAUGCUUUUUGGCCUCAAGUGUAAAAACUGCAAGUUAAAGUGCCACAACAAAUGCACCAAAGAAGCCCCACCCUGUCAUCUUCUGAUCAUCCACCGAGGGGAUCCAGCAAGGUUAGUCCGGACAGAGUCCGUUCCAUGUGACAUCAACAACCCUCUACGGAAGCCACCUCGGUAUUCAGACCUGCACAUCAGUCAGACGCUCCCCAAAACCAACAAAAUCAACAAGGACCACAUCCCUGUCCCUUACCAGCCAGACUCCAGCAGCAACCCCUCCUCCACGACGUCCUCCACGCCCUCCUCGCCAGCACCCCCUCUCCCUCCUAGUGCCACGCCGCCUUCUCCCCUACACCCUUCCCCGCAGUGCACACGGCAGCAGAAGAACUUCAACCUGCCAGCAUCCCACUACUACAAAUACAAGCAGCAGUUCAUCUUCCCAGAUGUGGUGCCGGUGCCGGAGACGCCGACCCGGGCGCCCCAGGUCAUCCUGCAUCCGGUGACCUCGAAUCCAAUCUUGGAAGGAAAUCCAUUACUUCAAAUUGAAGUGGAGCCAACGUCGGAGAAUGAAGAGGUCCACGAUGAGGCCGAGGAGUCAGAGGAUGACUUCGAGGAGAUGAAUCUGUCCCUCCUCUCGGCCCGGAGCUUCCCACGCAAGGCCAGCCAGACCAGCAUCUUCCUUCAGGAGUGGGACAUCCCCUUUGAGCAGCUGGAGAUCGGUGAACUCAUUGGAAAGGGUCGCUUUGGGCAAGUGUACCACGGCCGCUGGCACGGCGAGGUGGCCAUCCGGCUGAUUGACAUUGAGAGGGACAACGAGGACCAGCUCAAGGCCUUCAAGCGGGAGGUGAUGGCCUACAGGCAAACGCGGCACGAGAACGUGGUGCUUUUCAUGGGCGCCUGCAUGAGCCCGCCUCACCUGGCCAUCAUCACCAGCCUCUGUAAGGGACGGACGCUCUAUUCUGUCGUGAGGGAUGCCAAAAUCGUCUUGGAUGUCAACAAAACCAGGCAGAUUGCUCAAGAAAUUGUGAAGGGCAUGGGCUACCUCCAUGCCAAGGGAAUCCUGCACAAGGACCUCAAGUCAAAGAAUGUCUUCUACGACAACGGCAAAGUGGUCAUCACGGACUUUGGACUCUUCAGCAUUUCUGGGGUGCUGCAGGCUGGCAGACGGGAGGACAAACUGCGCAUCCAGAAUGGCUGGCUGUGCCACCUGGCACCAGAGAUCAUCCGCCAGCUGUCCCCCGACACAGAGGAGGAUAAGCUCCCCUUCUCCAAGCACUCUGACGUCUUUGCCCUUGGCACAAUUUGGUAUGAACUCCACGCCAGGGAAUGGCCUUUCAAGACCCAACCGGCAGAGGCAAUAAUAUGGCAAAUGGGCACAGGCAUGAAACCCAACCUCAGCCAGAUUGGCAUGGGAAAAGAAAUCUCGGACAUUCUUCUCUUCUGCUGGGCCUUUGAACAAGAAGAGAGACCUACCUUCACCAAGCUCAUGGACAUGCUGGAGAAACUGCCAAAGCGAAACCGCCGCCUAUCUCACCCUGGACAUUUCUGGAAGUCUGCAGAGUAG